GACUGGCUGCGCAGGUUUGAUGUUGACGUCGUUUGAAGUGGCUGUCAGGUGUAGAGCUGCAUGUUUUUGUAGUGUGAACUGGCAGCACACAUGAUUAUUAGUUUGGUGGAGGUGAUAGAGAUGAGCGGCUUUGGAGACUAAUGACAGCAUGAAACUCUAAGCUCGCCGGUGCCUUAGGGUUUCCCAGUGACCGUAGCUGAUCCCAGUUCCCUGUCAGUCCAGAGCUCCGGUGUCUUCUGACCGUGUGGAGGGGGAUGAGGCGGGCCGGGGGUCUGCAGCUCCUCCUGCUGCGGGCCGGGGGUCUGCAGCUCCUCCUGCUGCGGGCCGGGGGUCUGCAGCUCCUCCUGCUGCUGGCCUGCACCUCCUGGGCCACAAGUCUCCAAAUCCCCCCAGAAGUUGAACAGCUUCCAACGAUAAUUACACAAACCUCCAGUCCUAUUAUCGCUCUUCCUUAUGACGGGAAUGUUACUAUCAAGUGUGAAGCUACCGGCAACCCUCAGCCGCAGUUCAGGUGGACGAAAGACGGCGUUGACUUCGUUCCUCCGCAGCUCGUCGACCGCACAAAAGGAUCGUUUGUCGUACAUAACAAGCAGCUCGCUCAGUAUCAGGGGAAGUACAAGUGUUACGCCUCCAACAGACUGGGCACGGCGAUGACGGACGAGAUUCAGCUGAUCGCCUUAAGUGCCCCCAAAUUUCCAAAGGAGAAACUCGAUCCGAUCUCGGUAAACGAAGGAGAUCCACUCGUCCUGAGAUGUAACCCUCCAGCCAGCGUGGUCCCCUCGCAAAUCCACUGGAUGUCCAUUAAUCUACAGCACAUCCUCCAGGACGAGCGGGUUUCCAUGGGGAUGGACGGAAACUUGUACUUUUCCCACACGUUACAAAACGACAGCAGGACGGACUACACGUGUGUGGCGGCGUUCAACAAGAUCAGAACCAUCGUCCAGAAGAGCCCCAUGACCCUGGUGGUAAAAAGUGGAGCUGCCCCCGCACUCUCCAAACCCAGGAUCCUGCUGCCCUCUGGUGUUCAGAGCGAGGUAGUGCUGCUGAAAGGGAAGGAGCUGAAGCUGGAGUGUUUGCCCGGAGGAUUCCCCACUCCAACUGUUGAGUGGAUUAAACUGGGGGACAAUCUUCCAGAACGGACCAAAUAUGAGAACUUUGGGAGGAUGUUAACAGUGGCAAGCGUGGACGAGAGCGUGGAGGGAAAAUACAUGUGCAAGGCUCAAAACCUGGAAGGAGAGGAGGUGCACUACUUUGACGUCAUCGUGGAGGAGCCUCCGCAGUGGCAGAGCGAGCCGCCCCAGAGCCAGCUCUCUGUGAUUGGCUCAGAUGUCCAGAUCAGGUGCGCAGUCAGAGGGAAACCAGUGCCAGACAUCACAUGGAGGAAGAAUGGAGAGAUUUUCCGAGGCGACCCAGAGCAGAAGAAGCGCGUUAUUGAGGACACAGUGGUUUUACAUAACGCCGGUCCUGAAGACACCGCCGUUUAUCAGUGUGAAGCCUCCAACACACACGGCACUCUGCUCGCCAACGUCAACAUCCUGGUCAUGAAUAUGUCUCCCCUGAUCCUGACUGCAGACCUCCAGGAGUACGCUGUGGUCCAGGGGGGUAACGUCGUUCUGAACUGCAACGUUUUUGGCUCUCCUCCGCCAUCAAUCUCGUGGGCCGUGAAUGAGACUUCGGCGAACAUCGAAGGGGAGCGGUUCUCGGUCCUGACGAACAAGUCGCUGCGGCUCAUCAGUGCGGAAAAAAACGACAGCGGGGGGUACGUGUGUGCGGCGUCCAACUCGGAGGGCAAGGCUUCAAUCACCGCCCUGCUGGAUGUGAAAGACCCAACCAAAAUCGUGACCCCGCCCCAGGACACGCAGGUCGUCAGCGGGACGGCGGCUCGGCUAAAGUGCGGCGCGGAGUUUGAUGAAAGCCUGGAGAGCAGCUUUGAGGUGACGUGGAUGAAAGACGACGAGCGGAUCCCACUUAACUUUGAAGAAAAAUACUCCAUGACCAAAGGAACGCUGCAAAUCAUGAACGUGAACUUAAGCGACCAGGGAGUUUACACGUGUAUCGCAAAAACCAGCCUUGACAUGGACAACGCUUCCUCUUUAAUAACAGUUUUAGAUGUUCCAGACGCUCCUGUAAAUUUAUCGAUUUCUGAACUUCAAGACCUUAGAAACAUCAGCUUGUCCUGGACUCCUGGAGCUGAAAACAACAGCCCCGUCACAGAAUUCGUGGUGGAGUACGAGGAAAGCCAGUGGGAACCGGGAAGAUGGAAGGAGCUGAAGAAAGUCCCUGGUAACCUGGCAACCGCCAACCUGAUUUUACAUGGACACCUCAACUAUCAAUUCAGGGUGUACGCCGCUAAUAUGGUGGGACCGGGACCCCCCAGUGAGCCCACGCUGAGACACAAAACGCCCCCUGCUGCACCUGAUCAAAACCCAGAGAACAUCAAAAUUCAAGGCUACCUCCCUCAUCAAAUGGAAAUAAGCUGGGACCCGCUGUUGCCCAUCGAGCACAACGGGCCGGGCCUCGAGUACAGGGUGAGCUACAGGAGGCUGGGGGUGGACGACCAGUGGAAAGAGUCUCUCGUCAAAAGACACUCCUUCGUCGUCAGGAAUACGUCAACGUUUGUGCCGUACGAGAUUAAAAUCCAAAGCAGGAACAGUCACGGGUGGGGGCCUGAACCGAAAACUAUCACAGGGUACUCAGGAGAAGACGUUCCCACUGCAGCACCGCGGGACGUGGCGGUGGAGGUGAUCAACACCACUGUGCUGAGAGUUAGCUGGACCCCAGUCCCACCGGCCACAGUGCGAGGGCAUCUGGGGGGAUACAAUAUCCACUGGUUGAGAAAACGAAGCCUCCUGUAUCCGAGCAAGCUUUUAGACGAACGCCAAUCCCUGUCAUUUCCCGGGAAAAGGAAUCACGCCAUUGUGCCCAGUCUUGAACCGUUUUCCGAGUACAGCCUCACCGUCAAUGUGUUCAAUAAGAAGGGCAAUGGGCCAAAGAGCGACCCGGUCAUCUUCAGCACUCCCGAAGGAGUUCCCGACCAGGUGCCCAUCCUGACCACCUCCAACGCACAAAAAGACUCCAUUUUACUGGUGUGGAGUCCCCCGUCUGAGACAAAGGGCGUCCUCACGGGCUACGUCCUCCAGUAUCACCUCAUUAAUGAGAGUUCCCUGGAGGUGUUGGAGUCCCGGGAGAAGAACAUCACUGCUCCUGACACCACCCAGUGGCGGCUGCAGGACUUGCAGGAGGGCAGCCUGUACCGGUUCCAGAUUCGCGCCUGCACCAGGGCGGGAUGUGGACCCCCGCGGACAGAGGAGAGUCACACCUUCACUCCUAAAGGAGUGGUCAGCUCGCAGAGGGACACGACGACGCAGGGCUGGCUGAUCGGGACCAUGUGCGCCGUGGCUCUGUUGACCCUGGUUGCGCUCAUUGCCUGCUUUGUGCGGAGAAACAAAGGGGGAAAGUACUCAGGUACGCCACCACCAGCGCAGCCAAAGGACAUGCUGUCCAUGGAGCAAGUGAAAGAAAAGGAGGACCUACACCCCGACGCGGAGUCACAAGGAAUGAAUGAUGACACCUACUGCGAAUACAGUGACAGCGAGGAGAAGCCGCUGAAGGGCAGCUUGUGUUCCCUGACCGCCAAUGACGAGAUGGGGGACAGCCUCAGCCGGGACAGCCUGGUGGACUACGCGGACGGAGGAGGGGAGUUCGAUGAGGACGGGUCAUUUAUAGGUGAAUAUUCCGGACCUAAACAUCGGGGAUCUGUGAGCGAACCCAACGGACAUAGCGUACUCGCACAGGUCUGAAACGGCCGAAUCCGGAUUACUGCGAUAUCUGCCUUCCUCGUGGUGAGAAGAUAAGACUUUGAAAUAACUGGAACGGACAGAAGUUACGCGUGGGGGUUGCCAAAAGACUUUUAGAGGAGUAUUCAAUCUUUUUACACAGCUAUAAGUGGACCUAAUAUAGAUAAGGAACUCAUUUUGCAAGUUUAAAGCUCAGAACGUUUGGCGACGCACUGUACAGUUUGUAGUGCCUCCCCGCAUUGCAGAGGGGCAGCAAUAAGAGAAGAGAACCUUUAUUUGUCCCGCAAUGGGGAAAUUCCAGUGUUGCAACACACAGUUCAGGUAAAUAGAAAUAUGCAAGAAUAGAAAUGUGUUUAGAUAUUUGUACUACUUUAUUUUUUACACAGUGAACGCACCGGUUUAUAUUCACAGCUAAAACUCGUUGUUUUAAAGUCCGCCAUGUGACUUUUUGGAUGGGCGGGUCCGCAACCUGCUUGUCUCCAUGGAGAUGUUACUUAUCUGCCUGGAAUGUAUCAAAAAAUGGCAUUAAAGUUAGUUAUUGCUUAAAAAAAAAAAAAAAAAAAAAAGAUCCAGGCUUGUCCCACCGGGAAAAGGCUUCGGGGAAAACCCAGGACACGCUGAAGGGACGAUGUCUCUCGGCUGGCCUGGGAACGCCUUGGGGUCCCACCGGAGGAGCUGGAGGACGUGUCUGGGGUGAGGGAAGUCUGGGAGUCCCUGCUUAGACUGCUGUCCCCACGACCCAGCCUCAGAUAAGCGGAAGAAAAUCGAUGGAUGGAUGGAAAAACGAUGCUUUCUCACUAUGAGCGGGAUCGCCUCUCCACAGAGCUGACCUGUAACCUCGCCCGGUGUGCCACUUGCUUGCCUCCAUGGAUAGUGAUGAGUUUAAAUAAGUUCAAUGCCAUACUGCGGCAAGAAAUAACACAAAACAAUAACAGCUCUAUGGAGAUAAGAAGGUUGCAGACCCUACGUCAGAAAUGUUCCACAGUGCAUCUUUAACGUACCACUAAAUGUCACAAUAUGAAUGCCAUUUUUCAGUUUUUCCGUUCCACGUUACAAAACCAUGCUCCAGUUUAGGACCUCAUUCGUUUUUCAUUCAUGUACAUUAUGUAAAUACAAAAUAGAUGGAUGUUGAUUAUGUUAGCGUGAAAGUUGUUAAUAUG